AUGUGGGUUUGUUUGUCCGAGCUCUUAGGAGAAUCACAACAGACCAUUUUGAUGUAUACUUUCAUUUGUGGCGUGACGGAGGUGCUGACUGGCUACGUGAAUGGAGAAGAUGGGAGAAGGAAGAAGAAGAUAGUUGGACAACAAAGAUCAGUAGAAAAAAACAAGUGCAAGCUGUCUGGUAAGAAGGUCUCCUUCAGCAGAAAGUUAGUACUGGACUCUCCAGUGAGCAAAUCUUGUCCCAAAGAACUUUCUUCAGUAAUCAAAGUUGGAGAUUUAUUUUGCCCAGUCCCAGUUCUGACUUCCUCUCCAGUGUUUUUUGGCCUCCCCUCAACUCCAUUGGGGGGUGAGAGAUCCACUGUUUUUUGCCUCGAUCACGUUCAAGGCUCGGAUUCUAAGUUUGGAGACGUCCCUGGCAGCUCUGGUAGCUCUGAUGACCCCUCUGUUAUUGCUGAUACUAUUCCAAGCAACCAAGUUCAAAGUGUUCGAGGUAUUCAAGCUGAUCGAGCUAUCCAUAAUACUCAGCCUGUUCAUGGUGUUCAUCAUCAGCAAAGAGAUAGUUCGACUGUCCUAGUCAGUGAUGUUUUUCAAACUCUCAAAAGUGAUCUCGGCAUUAGCAGUCAUAACUGCAAAGUUACCAAAGCUCCACAGCCAAGACAGGAUAAUGACAAGCAUCUCCCCCAAGGUGAUCGAUUUAACUUCUCUCUCAGCACUAAUGUUAGGCUCUGCUUUCGUUGCUUAAGCCCGAAUCAUUUAGUUAGGGAGUGCAGAGGAGAAAUUAGGUGCAUAUAUUGCUUUUCCUAUGGCCACCGUGCCCGAUUUUGUGUCAAACGAAAACUCGACCUCCAGCAUAAAUGGGCCACCAAGCCCAACAAGCUCACAUCCGGGACAGUUUGCGUUGAAGAUGGAAUCGAUAAGUCUCCCCCCAUCCAAUGGUCUAUAGGGCCCAAUGCAACGAGUGCCCCUUUGCCUUCCCCUGUCUCACAAACUGUGACCCUCUGUAUUCCCCCCACCCAGCCGGUGGAACCUGCUCACAGUGGCAACCCACACCCUUUUGAGGGUUCGGUGGUCCCUGAAGAAGAUGAGAAUAUUAUCCAGAUGACUGAUCAGCUCAUGGAACAGCUAAUUGAAAACAAUCAGAAUCAAGAGGCCAUGGAGGAAGACCAGGGAUCGGCAGUUUUGGGUGUUGCAGCCUCAUCCUCAGCUGCUGCAACUCUCCUUCAGCCUAGACAGAGUGCUGUUAGAGAAGUCAACAUUGAUAACCAGAUGACAGUGCAGGACUCCCUGAUGAUCAACCAAGUUAAAGCUGCCCAAAAUCAUUUGCAGGCCAACGUGAACCUCAAUUGGACAGCAGCAGUGCCUAUCAGGAUCAAUAACUGCAAUAUCAGUUUGUCAGAAAGCCAAGCAGACAUUGAACAAAGAGAGGCUAUCACAAAAUUCCUUGCUGAUGGGCUGAGGCAGUUAAUGGCCAAUUACGGCAAUGCUAACUCCAGAGUAAUGGGAAGUCUUGCCAUCAAAAGUUCUCUCGUAAAAAUUGACCUUGCUGCCCUAGGGAUCACAUCCCUCAAUAUUGUCGUCAACAUUCCAGACCAGAACAAUAUGGAUGGCCCCUCUUUUGGCUCCAAACUGAUGCUUCAUGAGCCACUAGUAGCUCAGCCUGAGCCAUACCUGCUGGUGCCACCUGCUAUCGCCAUGAACAAGCCCGCACAAAUCACUAGGGUGUAUUACAGAAGAAGGUUCAAAAACAAGGGUGACAGCUCAAACAAGGGUGAAGAUUCUAGGAGACAGAAGAGAAAGAUCUGUUCAAGCAAAGGCGAAAAUUCUAAGUCACAGAAGAGAGAGAGCAGUACUCCUACCUCCACCAUAAAGCUUAGAAGGAGCCCAAGAUUCAUAGAAAAGCUUGAUGGACACAAACCUGCUGUCAUUCCCACUGGAAAAACACAUACCAGAAACAAGAACAAAGGCAAAAAGGUCAAGCCCCAGACUGAUCUGCUAGGCAACAUCUUGCUUUCACCUACUUGCCAUGCUUUUGAAUUCCCUAGCCUCUCAACUAUUGUCAAGCAUUCUGAUAUGGGUACUAUUUUCCCCCAAAUUCCUGUCACUGAAAUACAGAAGUUAGCCACUGAAACCUGCUGCAUUUCUCCUUCGGAGGUGACAGCCGAGCUCCUCCUUGACUCCAGGCUUGAAGACGAAGCAGGACUCCACGCCUUUUCUUAG